GAGAGGUACGCAGCCAGUCGCAUUUUCCCAGGUUAAGCUUCAAGUUCCCAACAUCAACUCUUGGUCUCAAUUUCUACAGCCUGCCAGCGUCUAUUGCGCAAAACUCCAUAUCAUUCAAUAUCACUCUUAAACACGUUAUCACGUUGCAAUUACCCGAUAACGCUGUGACGGCAAUCUACCACAUCUCGCGUCGCCAUCAUGACGGGCCGACGCGAUUUCCUGUCUCAGCCCGCGCCCGAAAACUAUGUUGCUGGUCUGGGACGUGGUGCUACUGGGUUUACCACGCGUUCAGACUUAGGGCCGGCACGGGAGGGCCCCUCAGAAGAUCAGAUCAAGGAAGCCCUUGCGAAGCGUGCAGCCCAACUCGGCUUUAGCGAUGCGGUCUCUGGAAAGAAGAAAGAUCAGGCUGCUGAGGAGGAGGACAACAACGAUGAACGAUUCCAGGACCCGGACAAUGAGGUUGGCCUAUUUGCCGGCGGUAUAUAUGACAAGGACGAUGACGAAGCGGAUCGGAUAUAUCGCGAGAUAGAUGAGAAGAUGGAUAAACGCCGAAGAGUCAGGAGGGAAGCGCGCGAGAAAGCAGAAAGGGAAGAAUACGAACGCAAGAACCCCAAGAUUUCCCAGCAGUUCGCCGACCUGAAACGAGGCCUUGAGAGCAUUACCGAAGACGAGUGGGCCUCAUUACCUGAGGUAGGAGACCUUACUGGUAGGAACAAACGGGCUAGGCAGGCACGGCAUCAACGCUUUUAUGCCGUACCUGACAGUGUUCUUGCCGCGGCGAGUAGCACGGGAGAGCUUGGAACGACUGUCGCUGACGAUGGCUCUGCCUCUACCGCCAGCUCUUCUGCGAAUGCAACCGAUGGAACGGUGACGGAUUUCGCGAAGAUCGGACAGGCAAGAGACAAGGUGCUACAAGUCCGACUUGACCAGGCCUCUCAGAAUGGAACCAGUACCACCUCCGGAAGUGCGACCAGUGUGGAUCCUAAGGGCUAUCUCACGAGCCUUGCAAAAUCACAAUUACCCGAAAGUGCUGCCCAGGUUGGUGAUAUCAACCGAGUUAGAGAAUUACUUGAGUCGGUCAUCAAGACAAAUCCGAACAAUGGUCCCGGCUGGAUUGCAGCGGCACGUCUUGAAGAGUUGGCUGGUAAAAUAGUAGCAGCGCGCAACGUCAUAGCUCGUGGUUGUGAACAUUGUCCCAAGAGCGAAGAUGUGUGGCUGGAAAACAUCCGCUUAAACGAUCAGCGUAACGCCAGGAUCAUCGCUGCAAAUGCCAUCAAGAAAAACAACCGCUCAGUCAGAUUAUGGGUAGAGGCGAUGAAGCUCGAAGAUGAUGCACGAUCCAAGAAACGAGUGAUUCGCCAUGCUCUAGAUCAUAUCCCUGAAUCUGAAGCCCUGUGGAAGGAAGCUGUCAACCUUGAAGAAGACCCCGAAGAUGCGAAAUUGCUCCUCGCAAAGGCCACCGAACUUAUUCCACUAUCAGUUGAUCUAUGGCUAGCACUAGCUCGCUUAGAAACUCCGGAGAACGCCCAAAAGGUGUUGAACAGAGCUCGUAAACACUGCCGGACGUCUCAUGAGAUUUGGAUAGCCGCUACAAGAUUACAAGAGCAGCUCGGCGAAGGUGAAAAGGUUAAUGUUAUGAAACGUGCAGUCCAGGUUUUAGCAAAAGAAUCUGCUAUGCCUAAGCGGGAAGAUUGGAUCACGGAAGCUGAGAAAUGUGAAGAAGAGGGAGCUAUCAUAUCAUGUGGUGCGAUUAUUCGAGAGACUUUAGGCUAUGGCCUAGACGAGGACGAUGAUCGCAAAGAGACGUGGUUAGAAGAUGCGCGUGGGAGUAUCAAUAGGGGCAUGUACGAAACGGCUCGAGCUAUUUAUGCAUAUGCCUUACGUGUCUUCCCCACGAGCAAAACCAUAUGGCUGGCAGCCGCAGAUCUCGAGAGGAAUUUUGGCAAGAGAGAGGAUCUCUGGCAAGUCCUGGAGAAGGCAGUCAACGCAGUUCCUCACAGCGAGGUCCUGUGGAUGAUGCUUGCAAAGGAGAAAUGGCAAGCUGGAGAAGUUGACAAUGCACGCCGUGUCCUUGCCAGAGCCUUCCAGCAGAACCCGAACAACGAAGAUAUUUGGCUCGCCGCCGUCAAGCUUGAAGCCGAAAACGACCAGAUAGAACAAGCCCGUGGUUUGCUGAAGCAAGCUCGACAGGAAGCACCCACGGAUCGUGUGUGGAUGAAGAGUGUUGCCUUUGAGCGGCAGCUUGGUAACCUCGACGAAGCCCUCGAUCUUGUCCAGGAGGCCCUAAAUCUCUUCCCCGCCUACCCAAAGCUCUGGAUGAUGAAAGGGCAAAUCUACGACGCCCUGGGCAAGAAACCGCAGGCCCGCGAAGCGUACGCGACGGGCGCCAAGGCCGUGCCCAGCUCCGUUCCCCUCUGGCUCCUCUACACACGUCUUGAGGAGUCGAUGGGUCUUCUCCCCAAAGCGCGCUCGGUGCUUGACAGGGCACGUCUCGCCAUCCCCAAAUCACCCGAGCUGUGGUGCGAAUCUGUGCGCCUGGAGCUCCGCGCAGGCGACAUGAAACAGGCCGAGUCAUUAAUGGAGCGCGCGCGCCGUGACGUACCCAAGAACAAGCAAGGCCUACUCUGGGCAGAAAAGAUCUGGCACCUCACGGAGCCGAAGCAGCGCAAGCCGCGAGCCGUCGAGGCCGUCAAGGAAGCAGAGAAUGACCCGGUGCUCCUCGUGGCUGUGGCGCGCAUCUUCUGGGGCGAGCGCCGGCUCGACAAGGCCCAGAACUGGUUCGAGCGGGCCCUCGUGCGGGACUCGGAUCUCGGAGACAGCUGGGCGUGGUACUACAAGUUCCUGGUCGAGCACGGCACCCCGGAGAAGAGGGAGGAAGUCAUCAAGAAGUGCGUUAGCGUCGAGCCCAGACACGGCGAAGUCUGGCAGCGCGUGGCCAAGGAGCCCAAGAAUGCCCGGAAGAACACCGAGGAGAUCCUCAAGAUGGUCGCUGCCGAAGUACGGUGAGGCAGACAGGUUCAGACUACAGCCUAGCCUUACCAUCCCGCUAUCUAUUUUCAACUCGAGGACCUACCUACUCCGCCUGCUUCUUUAUACCAUACCUUGCGCUGCGCGAAGUUACCGCGCGGCAUUAUGGGGGGGGUUAAUUCGUCUACGAAAUAUGUACUUGUAUCAAAUUGGUCCUGUGCCAUACCUGUAUCCGUUCUGAAUGAUUACGAUUGCCAAGAAUUAGCUCAGCUUAGCUUACUUACCUAGGGUA